CGUCACCACGUCGUCCCGUCAUACCCUCACGACCUCAACCCGCCAGUUCCCCACCACGAAAAUGUCCUCCACCUGCAAGCGCAGCGAAUCCAGCACUCACAAACCGAAGCGAGUAAAAGCGGAAACCGGCGCCUCGACACCCCGCGAGCUCAUCGUGCUCCAGAAGCUGCCGCCGCUGGAGAUCGCGCCGCCCGCCGAGCUCCAGAGUCCGGUCGUUAUCGAUCCGCGAGCUACGGAGAUCGCGCGGCGGAUCCUCAGCGAUGUGUGGGGAUACCCGGCGUUCAGACUCGAGCAGGAGGCGGCGAUUACAAGGCUCAUAUGUGGCGGGAGUGCGGCCGUCGUGUUUCCUACUGGUGGAGGGAAGAGCUUGGUAUAUCAGGUCUCCGCGCUGGCGUUUGAUCUGUUCGAUGAGAUCUGUGGAAGGAAACCCGGGAGGGGUGUCACGCUGGUUGUCAGUCCGUUGAUCGCGUUGAUGAAGGACCAAACCGAAGCGUUGAAGAAGCGGGGGGUUAAGGCCGCUGCGCUCGAUAGUUCCCAGGACAGGCACAGCGUGCUGAAUACCUACGAUAUGUUGCGUUCGGGGGAGUUGAAGCUACUUUAUGUUGCGCCGGAACGACUCAAUAACGAGGCAUUCGUCGAGACGAUCAAGGAGGUUAAGAUCCGCAUGGUGGCCGUGGACGAGGCCCACUGUGUUUCUGAAUGGGGGCAGUCGUUUCGUCCCGAUUACUUGAAGGUUGCGCGGUUCGCGAAGGAAGUCAAUGCCGAGCGCGUGCUCUGCCUGACGGCGACGGCUGCGCCGAAGGUUGCCAAUGAUAUCCUCGUGGCAUUCGACAUCGCGCAGGAGGGUCUUUUUAAAACUCCCACGUUUCGUCCGAAUCUCCAUCUCAAUGCGAUGGCUGUUGAAUCUCAGGUCAAAAAGAAGACCCUUCUCUCUGAGUUUCUCAAGGCCAACCCAGGGCCAUCGAUCAUCUAUGUCACGACCCAUGCUGAAGCACAAAUGGUGUCCGACUUUCUGGUGAAGCAAGGAUUUACUGCUGCUGCAUACCAUGCAGGACUUGCUACUGACAUACGUACCAAGAUCCAGGACCGUUUCAUGGCAUCGAAAGACAUGAUUAUUGCGGCAACGAUUGCUUUCGGUAUGGGCGUUGACAAGGCGGACAUUCGCAAUAUUGUCCACUUUACGGUCCCCAAAUCCCUGGAGGGCUACAGUCAGGAGAUAGGCCGUGCCGGAAGAGAUGGUCUUCGCGCCAACUGCAUGUUGUAUCUCACCGUCUCCGACAUUCGGCAGCACGAAUCCUUCUCUCGAGCCGACGUCCCUUCGCUCGCAAGUGUCACCGGGUGCCUCAAAGCCUUUUUCGGGGAGUUCCCACACGCCGAGCAAGACCACGUCGUGGAAGCGAACAUGUACAGCCUCGGAAAGGAUUGGGACAUCCGCCCCGGCACUCUCACCCUGCUCUUCGCCCAGCUGGAGAUCCGCUUCGGCAUCCUCCGAGCCAUCACUCCCAAAUACUCGGCCUACUCAUACACCCCCAAUGCGCGCUUCUCAUCACUCGUCGACGCAUCCGACUUCAUAUCGAAAGCGAUCGUUACCACCACGCGGAAAGCCAAAAGCCUCAGCCACAUCGACGUGGACGCGACGGCGGAGCAGUACAACACGCAGCGCGAGCAGAUCAUCCGCAAGCUGCAGACGUGGUCCGAGCUAGGCGCGAUCGAUCUCAAGCCGUCGGGGGUGAUCAACCGCUUCCGCGUGCUCAAGGCGCUGCCCACCGGCGAGGAGAUCGCACGCCUUGCGCGAGAAACGCACCAGCAGAUGGAGCUCAAGGAGCGCGAGAACAUUGAGCGCGUCAGGGCCGUCGUCGAGCUGCUCGCGGGAUACGAGUGCUACGCUGUCGCCCUGGCUGACCACUUUGGCGACGAGCUGGAUGAGGCCUGCGGUGCCUGCGGAUUCUGUGUCACCGCCACCCCCGUCGAGUUCGAGUGGCCCGGAAAGGAGGAUGAGGCCACAGAGGUCGAUAUGGUCAAGAUUCGUGCGGUGCUGAAGGCUGUCGGUCAGGAUAAUUGGGACGAUCUGAGGUUCCUGGCCCGUGUCGCGUGGGGCAUCACCAGUCCGAGAAGUACGAGGUUGAAGGUCGCGAAGACCCCGGCUUGGGGCUGCUGCGAGGGCGUCAGCUUUGAGAAGCUGGUUAAGGCGUUUGGCGUUGCGGUUGCGGUUUGAGCGGGGUUUCUUGCUUGGGUUAUAGGUAGGUGUUUCUGCAUGACUACUAUAUAGUACAGGGGCGCAAAAUGAACGAUGGGACAACCGCGAGCUACGUACCGACCGUGAAUAGCCCCCAAACAAUAUCAUAAGAGCUCACGGAUCGUCUGGAAGUUUGAUUGCCUGUUUACGAUGCAGCGAGUUAGGUUUUAGGUUUACACCCGGCCGCCCAAAUGUCCG